AUGGACACGGCGGCUGCUCUCGCUCACCAAGCCCAGGCAGCAGCCAGCAUCAUAGACAACAACAACAACGACAACGGCACCACCAUCCCUACCACCUCGGCCGGAUCUCCCACUCCCCGCUUCGACCAACUCCCCAUCGAGGUCUUGAGCCUCGUCGCGUCCCUCUGCGCGCCGGCAUUCUACCCCCCCGCGCCACCGACCCAUGCAAUCUCGGUCCCAGAGGCCCACGUAGUGGCCUCGCUCGACCCCCACCCGCCGACGCCGGCCGUCGCGAAAACCAUCUCGUCGUCCACCCUGACCUGCAGCCAUGUGCUCGAGGCCGCUCGCCCCUGGCUCUGGGAGAAUGUCGACGUGCUCUCGGGCCGCGGCUGGCUCUCGGUCGUCAACGCCCUCACUGAGGAGGUCGAGGACAAGGUUGACGAGAUGGACGGCGAAGACGUCGAGCAGCGGCUUGCCGAGGCGUUUGUCGGGCACGAGAACGCACACAGCAGCAGCAGCGGCUCGGACGGCAGUACAAACGGCAGCGCCCACGGGACUCCAAAGCUCGACGCAGCCUUUGCCCACCGUGACGAUGUGCUCCCAGACACUCCGGUUGCAUCGUCGUCGUCGUCGGCAGCAGCGUCGGCGCCCCUGCCUCCGGCCUCAUCGGGCCAGCAGCCAGACAGCAUCGCGCCGUCGCAGCCACUCCCCCUGCCGUUGGGUCUUGGCAAGGGCAAGCCACCACUGGCACGAAGCGUCACCAUCAAUGCUCAGGUGGCCGAGGCCUUUAUCGAGUCUGUGCGGAACGAACCCAUGUCGGCCGGACCUGCUUCGCACCGUUUCGGACCUGCCCCUCAGCCCCGCCGGCUGAGCAUGUUAAUCACUCCGCCCGGCUCGCGCACCACCUCGCCCGCCGGACCCCGCCUUCGCGGACGCUCCCGCUCCCCGCGUCGCGGCCUCGACUUUAGCACCGAGGGCAUCACGUCGGUCCUGCAGCGUUCCCUCAGUCUCUCGCUCCCAGGCGACCAGCGCCCGUUCGCACGCCACAGCAGCCUUUCCCACUCGCGCGUGUUCCGCGACGACGACGAGCACGAAGAGGACGUCGGACACCGCGAGUCGCUCAUGGCGGGUAUGCGCACGCCGCCCAACCUCGAGUCCCCGCCGGCGGAACAGGCCGAAGAAGACCCGACGCCGAACGUCAACCCCGAGCUGCUGCCCCCGCCUGGGCCGUACAUUCGCCACUUGAGCUUUACAAAUUUCCGGACGAUUGGAAGCCGCCGCUCCCAGGACGAGGCCGUGCGCGGACGCUACGUCACUGCUGGACGCCUCGAGGGCGUCAUCAAGAACACGCCCAACCUUCGGUCCCUGUGCAUGACAGAGUACGUCGACUCGGCGCUCUCGUACGCAGUCGUCGAAGAGAUCUUCUUCAGGGGCUACCCCAAGCCAAAGCUCUUCCGCAACAGGUCUUCGUCCAAGUCGCCGGCCACUAUCCGUGCGCGCUCGGUCUCGGUCGCUCCAGUGGCCAUUGGGUCCCAGCACCUCAACAUUGAGGAACAGAUGGACCCCCCAAGGCCGACGUACGUGCCCUACGAGGACGAGACGGACGAGGAGAAGUGGAAGCGUCGCCGCGUCUUCUCACCCCUCGAGGCACUGGACCUUACCGGAUGCGUGAGCCGCAACUUCACCGAGGCUGUCGACGAGUUUGGCGAAAACUGGCUCAGCAUGGGCAUCCAGGAGGAGUCGGAGGACGAGGACCGCCACCGUGGCCGUAGUCGCCGCCGCCUCACCAUCGACUCGUCGACCGACGAGGACGAGGAGUCCAAGCCGCUCGCCGAGAGGAGGACCAGGAGGCCGCUCUUUUCGGCGCUUCGCCGCCUCUCGCUGCGCACGUGCACGACCCUCUCUGGCCCGUUCAUCCAAAACCUCAUCACGGUCAUGCCCAACCUCACCCACCUCGACCUUUCGGCCACUCGCGUCACCGACUCGCUACUCCAGCACCUCAUUGACAACUGUCCGCGCGGCCUGCGUCUGCAGUCGCUAUCGCUCGCCCGUUGCCCGCGCCUCGACCCUCGCGUCGUCGUCGACUUCCUCAUCGAGUCGCCCGCAGCCCGCAACCUGAUCGAGCUCAACCUGUUUGUCAACCCCACGCAAGGCAAUGCCAUUGAGGAGGAGGACAUGUUCCGCCUGAUCCAGGAGGCGCCGUGCUUCAAGUCUGGCCGCCUGCGAUACCUCGACAUCAGCUCGGCUGGUGUCACUGCUGCUCAUCUGGAGCCGAAUGUCUUCCCCCCUCAGCCAUCGCUCGUGUCGCUGGGCCUGAGCCACAUCCCAACGCUGAGGCUGCGCCCGAUUGCGGCUUUCCUUCAAAACCUCGCACCGGGUGUCGAGGUCCUCACUUUGGCCGGUACGGCACUGAGUGACCUCAGGCCCGGUGCGACGACCAUGCAGAACACGCUGGCGCUGCUGUCCGACAUGAUCAACCCGCUUACCAAGCUGCCCUUCAGCAUUGGGGGCCUUGGUCUUCUCAGCGGCAGCAACUUCAACAAGCCCAACCUCUCGGCUGGCCCCACGCGUCUGCGCGUCAUCGAGCUGUCGUCCGGUGUCCGCCGUGCCAUUGCGCCCAGCCCGGAGUGGAUGGUUGUGCAGUCCAAGGGUGGACGUGGCUGGUGCGUCGACAUGACUGCUGGGUGGAUCCCAACCGACACUAUUGAUACGUGGGGCUAUGUCCCGGCUCCUGGACCCGCGACAGUGGGCGAGGGUCUUGCAAAGCUGUCGUUUGUGCGCCACCUGCCAUUCUCGCACCCGCGGCGCAAGUACCUCACGCAGCUGUCGGACCUCAAGGGGCGCGUCACGUCGAAUGUCGGCUGGCAUUCGCGCAAGAUGGAGAUUAUCAAGGGCGAGGGCAUGAUGGGCCGCGAGGACGGCAUGGGCGGUGUGGGUGCGUUUGCGUUCGACGACUAG